UUCCCUCACAUCACAUUUCUCUUUUAUUUCAGCAGGGCGUGUGUGGAAGAGAGAAAGCGAUGAGGAAGCCCAUCAGGCGUUGGAGGAAACCAUUACAUUUCCAGCUGUGGUCGAGAACCUUGGGAAUCAAGACAGGAUAAAGAUGCAGGCGGGAAACGAGGCAGAUCAGGAUUGGGGUGAAACUCUUGGUUGUCUGAACAGCGGUUUCUUUGAUAUCGCAGCCCAUCCUGGAAAACAUAAAGGAGGAAGAAGGAACGAUUGCCCGGCGUAUUCGGAAAGCUUUAACGAUGCGCCAGGCCUUCAAAUGCGUUGGAAAACCCAGACAGGAGACAAACCGUAUAAAUGCCUGGACUGUGGAAAGAGCUUCAAGCGCAACUCGGAGCUUAUUCGACAUAAAAGGAUCCACACUGGAGAGAAACCUUUCAAAUGCCUGGAGUGUGGGAAAAGCUUCACUCAGAGCAGAAACCUUACUUCACAUCAGAGGAGCCACACGGGAGAGAAGCCUUAUAAAUGCCUGGAGUGUGGAAAGUGUUUCAGCCAGGCCGGGAUUCUGACUUCACAUCAGAGAAGCCACACCGGGGAGAAACCGUACCAGUGCCUGGAGUGUGGAAAGUGCUUCAGUCAGAGCGGGAUCCUUACUGCGCACCAGGGAAUGCACACAGGGCAGAAGCCAUUCAAGUGUCUGGAGUGCGGGAAAAGCUUUCGCCAGCAGAUCCACCUCACCUCCCACGAGAGAACGCACACCGGGGAGAAGCCCUUCAAAUGUCAGCAGUGCGGGAAGAGCUUCCGCCAGCAGAUCCACCUUACUUCCCACGAAAGGACGCACACCGGAGAGAAGCCGUUCAAAUGCCGGGAGUGCGGGAAGAGCUUCAGCCAGAGUUCCCACCUUAUCAGACACGAAAGGAUCCACACCGGGGAGAAGCCAUUUAACUGCCUGCUGUGCGGAAAGAGCUUUGGCCACAGCGCGGAACUGAUUCGGCACGAAAGGACUCACACAGGGGAAAAGCCCUUCAGGUGCCAGGUUUGCGGGAAGAGCUUCAGCCGGAGCUCGGAACUCAUCCGACACGAGAGAACCCACACGGGAGAGAAACCGUUCAAAUGCCUGGAGUGCGGGAAGGAAUUCAGCGACAGCACCAACCUCAUCAGGCACCAAGUCAGCCACACGGGAGAGAGACCGUAUAAGUGUCCGGUGUGUGGCAAGAGCUUCAGCCAGAGCAGGAGCCUGACUUCACACCAGAGAACCCACACAGGGGAGAAGCCGUAUCAGUGCCUCGAGUGCGGGAAGUGCUUCAGCCAGAGCGGGAUCCUUACUGCGCACCAAGGGAUGCACACAGGGCAGAAGCCCUUCAAGUGUCCCGAGUGCGGGAAGAGGUUUCGCCAGCUCAUCCACCUCACCUCCCACAAGCGGAUCCACACCGGGGAGAAGCCCUUCAAAUGCCUGGAGUGCGGCCGGAGCUUUCGCCAGCACAUACACCUCACCUGCCACGAGAGGACGCACACCGGGGAGAAGCCCUUCAAGUGCGUGGAAUGCGGCAAGAGCUUCAGCCACAACUCCAUCCUUAUUUCUCACGUGAGAACCCACACGGGGGACAAACCCUUUAAAUGCCUGGAGUGCGGGAAGAGCUUCACUUGGAGCACUCUCCUUAUUAGACACGAGAGAACCCACACGGCGGAGAAGCCUUUCAAAUGCCAGCAGUGCGGGAAAAGCUUUCGCGAGAGCUCACUGCUCAACAAACACCAGAGAAGCCACACUGGGGAGAAGCCAUUCAAGUGCUUGGAGUGCGGAAAGAACUUCACUUCGAGCACGCUCCUUAUAAGACACCAGCGGGUUCACACAGAGAACCAUUUCAGCGCUUGGGGUUUUGAAAGAGCUUCUUCGGCCAGCGCUCAGAACUUACUAGACACCCAAGAAUUCAAGGAAGAGAUGAUCCACUGCAACGAUGAAAACAGUGGAGCGGUUGUCAUGCAAUAAGCCUUUUUGUCGGGCUCCAGGAAUUAUUCACAUUGUGGGAAUUUAUAUGUACUGCAGCUUCUGCAACAGAUCAAUUCGCAGCUAAUCAGAGGGAGAAAUCAUGAAAACGAUUGUAGCAAAGAAAGAGCUUCUGGAAUUGCAGAGAUUAUAAUGAGUUUUCGCCUGCACAAUCAUGAAAUCUGGCAAUUUUUCCAGGCACUACAGACGUCCUUAUUCCUUGAAGGCGUACAGCAGAGGGAAGAAGGUCUCCUAAUCUUACGUUGUCGUUUUUUUUAAGCGUGUAUAUUUCCUAUUGUGCAAUCUAAGAAAUAAUACUUUCAUGUUAGGCCACCACCAAGCAAACUUCUGUGAUGUAUGAACACUGCUGUGUUCCUCUGCUGCCUGUCGUUGUAUGGAAGUCACUCCCAUAUCUCUGGUCCUUUGUCUUCCACACAUCCCUUUUUUAAAAAUACUGUUUUUGCUAGGUGGUUCUGUGCAUCAUUUGAGGAGCUGGUCACCCUUCAGGUAUAAGAAUGUGUGACAGAAGAGGAGACUUAUUCACCUCUUGCGGGGGAAAUGGCAGGUGGAUGCAUCACCUUUAAGACUAAUAGUUUUACUGUCGGCUGAACUUUUGUCAGGAAAGGCUGACUUGUGGCUGACAUGUGAGGUGGACAUAGAAGGGGUUGCAUGUGCAGACCAAAUCCUAGUCAGCAUGUGUUUUGCUAGAUGUAUCUCAACGGAUAGAAAAAUACCCUUCCGGAAAUUUCUGUCAUGUGACAACAAGAAUAAAAACUGUUUUGGUUAAUUUUUGUUAUGGAAGGCCCCAUAAAUGGAGGGUGAAAAUCCUGAGGGGAAUUUCUGUCAUGUGACAACAAGAAUAAAAACUGUCUUGGUUAAUUUGUGUUAUGAAAGGCCCCAUAAAUGGAGGGUGAAAAUCCUGAGGGGAAUUUCUGUCACGUGACAACAAGAAUAAAAACUGUUUUGGUUAAUUUGUGUUAUGGAAGGCCCCAUAAAUGGAGGGUGAAAAUCCUGAGGGGAAUUUCUGUCAUUUAUAGGGUGAAAUGUCUGGGAGAAUAUGGAUGUAUGGCAACAGUGUCAAUUUUUUUGCAAAAAAUAGCACAAAAACUCUUUCAGCAAAAUUUUGGGCAAAACUAAAAAAGCUCAACAACUUUGGCAAAAAAACAAACACACACCAACAUUAGCAACUUUUGUUUCUGGAUUUUCGCCUUUUGAAAUGUGGAAUCCCUAGUCACGUAACAAAAAGUAUAGAAACUCUCGGUGGCUCUGUCUUAUGGAGAGUAAAAAUCCUGAGAGGAAUUUCUGUCGUGUGACCAAAAAAAAAAAGAAUAGAAGCCAUCUUAUGACUGUGCCCUGGAAGCCUCUAUCAAUGGAGAGGAAAAUCCUGAGGGGAAUUUCUAUCUCAUGAUAAAAAGAAUAAAAACUGUCUUGGGGACUCUCUGUCAUAGAAGGCUGAGAGGAGAAACUGGUCAGAAAGCAAGGCAAAAACCUUAUUGUCUUUCUCCAGCAAUAAGAGAACAGACCUAGGAAAUAUCCACUCCGCUCAGAUAAAACUAAAGUCUUUUGUCAUCUGGUGACCAAACUUUGUAAUGACCCUAUCAACACACAAAAAAUAUCUUUUUACGCCUUCAUAGCAGAGAAGGAGAUUUGACAAAUAUUUGGACAAUCACCCACGUAACUCAGUUUGUAAAUCCCUCUCCUUCUUCUCUCCUUUAACAUAUUUUGGUGUCAGGCAGAUCUCUUUUUUUGUUCUCCCCAAGCCUAUCAAUGUCAUUCGAUAUUAUUUUACCGUAAUGUAACAUAUUUUAUUUUAGUGUCUGGAGAUUGAUGGCAAUUUAGUUAUUGCUUUUUAGCUUUUGUAGGGGGGUGUUGAGUCCUGGAGGGGUUGCGAGUGGCUCCCUUGUGCGUUUUUACGCUGGGUUGAGUUUUAUUGUUGAAAUUGUUGUACCUGCUUGCAUUUAAAAUUUUGUUUUACACUAUUACUGUAUGUUGGCUUGAAAAAAAUGUUAUCGGGCAACUAAUAAGUGGGAAGAAUAAAUAA